UCCCCAUUCUCCUUCUUCCUUCUCGCUGCACCCUCCAACUACCCCACCUCCCAGUUUUGCAUCUGACCAGAGCACGAAUGAGGAAGACAUUCACACAGAUCGGGGCAGUAACUUUCGCCUAUCUGUCCCUGGGCACGGGGAGCUUGAACGCACUGAUCAUUCUCUCUCUGCGGUCCAUGGAGGAGGAACCUUGAUGGGCUAGAGGCAGCAGAGAGCAGCCCAGAGCCAGCCUCGCGCUGCUAGCCAGCUCCGGUUCCCACGCCUGCUCCCUAGAUCCCGCGGCGCGAGGAGCGUGCAGGGCGCAGACCCCGAUCAUCUCAGGGAGAAUGAGGCGGGGACCCAGCCGGAGCGUGGUGCAUCUCGCGGGCGGGCGGCCGCUGCUGUGCCUUGGCAUGAAUUAAGAAGCCAAGAAGAUGGAGCGCGGCACACUCCUCGCGCAGUCUAGGCUCUGGACCAGGGACAUCUGCUUGACUCUCCUAUAUUUCCUCUGCUACAUCCUCCCCCAGAGCGCCCCGCAAGUACUCAGGAUCGGAGGGAUUUUUGAAACUGUGGAAAAUGAACCUGUUAAUGUUGAAGAAUUAGCUUUCAAGUUUGCAGUCACCAACAUUAACAGAAACCGAACCCUGAUGCCUAACACCACAUUAACUUAUGACAUCCAGAGAAUUAACCUUUUUGAUAGUUUUGAAGCCUCACGGAGAGCAUGUGACCAGCUGGCUCUUGGUGUGGCUGCUCUGUUUGGUCCUUCCCAUAGUUCCUCUGUCAGUGCUGUGCAAUCUAUUUGCAAUGCUCUUGAAGUUCCACACAUACAAACCCGUUGGAAACACCCCUCGGUGGACAAUAAGGACUUGUUUUACAUCAACCUCUACCCAGACUAUGCAGCUAUCAGCAGGGCAGUCCUGGACCUGGUUCUCUAUUACAACUGGAAAACAGUGACCGUGGUAUAUGAAGACAGCACAGGUCUAAUUCGUCUGCAGGAGCUCAUCAAAGCUCCCUCCAGAUAUAACAUUAAAAUCAAAAUCCGCCAGCUGCCCUCUGGGAAUAAAGAUGCCAAGCCUCUACUUAAGGAGAUGAAGAAGGGCAAGGAGUUCUAUGUGAUAUUUGAUUGUUCACAUGAAACAGCUGCUGAAAUCCUUAAACAGAUUCUUUUCAUGGGCAUGAUGACCGAGUACUAUCACUACUUUUUCACAACCCUGGACUUAUUUGCUUUAGAUCUGGAACUCUAUAGGUACAGUGGAGUAAAUAUGACAGGAUUUCGGCUGCUUAAUAUUGACAACCCUCACGUGUCAUCCAUCAUUGAGAAGUGGUCCAUGGAGAGACUGCAGGCCCCACCUAGGCCUGAGACUGGUCUUCUGGAUGGCAUGAUGACAACUGAAGCAGCUCUGAUGUACGAUGCCGUGUACAUGCUGGCCAUCGCCUCCCAUCGGGCCUCGCAGCUGACCGUCAGCUCCCUACAGUGUCAUCGACACAAGCCAUGGCGCCUUGGGCCCAGAUUUAUGAACCUGAUCAAAGAGGCUCGGUGGGAUGGCUUGACUGGGCGUAUCACCUUCAAUAAAACUGAUGGCUUGAGGAAGGAUUUUGAUCUGGAUAUUAUUAGUCUCAAAGAGGAAGGAACUGAAAAGGCUGCUGGCGAAGUGUCUAAACACUUAUAUAAAGUGUGGAAGAAGAUUGGGAUUUGGAACUCCAAUAGUGGGCUGAACAUGACAGAUGGGAACAAAGACAGGUCCAACAAUAUCACUGACUCACUGGCCAACCGAACACUGAUUGUCACCACCAUUCUGGAAGAACCAUACGUGAUGUACAGGAAGUCUGACAAGCCCCUAUAUGGAAAUGACAGAUUUGAAGGAUAUUGCCUGGAUCUGUUGAAGGAAUUGUCAAACAUUCUGGGUUUCAUUUAUGAUGUUAAACUAGUUCCUGAUGGCAAAUAUGGAGCCCAGAAUGACAAAGGAGAAUGGAAUGGAAUGGUCAGAGAACUCAUAGAUCAUAGGGCUGACCUGGCCGUGGCUCCUCUUACCAUCACCUAUGUACGGGAGAAAGUCAUUGACUUCUCCAAGCCCUUCAUGACCUUGGGCAUCAGCAUUCUCUACAGGAAGCCCAAUGGUACCAAUCCAGGUGUCUUCUCUUUCCUCAACCCACUGUCUCCUGAUAUUUGGAUGUAUGUGCUCUUGGCCUGCCUGGGAGUCAGUUGUGUGCUCUUUGUGAUUGCAAGGUUUACACCCUACGAAUGGUAUAACCCCCACCCAUGCAACCCUGAGUCAGACGUGGUGGAAAACAAUUUUACUUUAUUAAAUAGUUUCUGGUUUGGAGUUGGAGCUCUCAUGCAGCAAGGAUCAGAGCUGAUGCCCAAAGCUCUAUCGACCAGAAUAGUUGGAGGAAUUUGGUGGUUUUUCACCCUAAUCAUCAUUUCAUCCUACACUGCCAAUCUGGCUGCCUUCUUGACAGUAGAGAGAAUGGAGUCCCCUAUAGACUCAGCUGAUGAUCUAGCAAAGCAAACCAAGAUCGAAUAUGGGGCAGUCAGAGACGGAUCAACGAUGACCUUCUUCAAGAAAUCAAAGAUAUCUACCUAUGAGAAGAUGUGGGCUUUUAUGAGCAGCAGGCAGCAGACCGCACUAGUAAAAAACAGUGAUGAGGGGAUCCAACGAGUGCUCACCACUGACUACGCCCUACUGAUGGAGUCCACCAGCAUUGAAUAUGUGACUCAGAGAAACUGCAAUCUCACUCAGAUCGGAGGACUCAUUGACUCCAAAGGUUAUGGAGUGGGAACGCCUAUUGGCUCUCCUUACCGGGAUAAAAUUACGAUUGCUAUUCUUCAACUACAAGAAGAAGGGAAGCUGCAUAUGAUGAAAGAGAAGUGGUGGAGAGGCAAUGGCUGCCCUGAGGAAGACAGCAAAGAGGCCAGUGCUCUGGGAGUAGAAAAUAUAGGGGGCAUCUUCAUUGUCCUGGCCGCUGGAUUGGUCCUUUCUGUAUUUGUAGCCAUUGGAGAAUUUAUAUACAAAUCAAGGAAGAACAAUGAUAUCGAACAGGCUUUUUGUUUCUUUUAUGGACUACAGUGUAAGCAAACCCAUCCAACCAACUCCACUUCUGGAACUACUUUAUCUACGGAUUUAGAGUGUGGCAAAUUAAUUCGAGAGGAGAGAGGGAUUCGGACACAGUCCUCAGUUCAUACUGUAUAAUAAGUUAAAA